ACACACACACACACACACACACACACACACACACACACACACACACACACACACACACUUCAAUGUAUCGGACUGAGGCAUUUCUGCUACUCUGGGCUGGACAGGCCUCACUGGAUUAGCGCCACUGCUGUAAUCUGGGACACUGCAGAUUACAUCGCUUUUCAUCUGCGACCCACCCCACCACCCACGUGUCAUGUGACCCGCUCUCACUAAUGGAACCUUUUCAUUUGUUGUCCUCCUCCAUUCAAUUGUAUGACAAGAGGCUGGGAGAGUGAGAGAGCGUGACUGAAAAGAGAUAUGCACCCAGGAGUGUGACUGGGAGCAGGUGAUUGCCACGUUGUAGAGCUAACAGUGAAUAUUGCUACUGCUGUUGCUACUGGUCGAUAGAGAUGGACUGGUACAGAUUGGUACCGUGAAGGGCAACUGGAUUGUUCCGAUCCAACCUUUGGGAUUACAGCGGAGAGGAGAGGCGGUUCAUGUGGGUGUGUGUGUGUGUGUGUGUAUGUGUUACAACCAUUGGAGUGUGUUUGUGUUUGAGAGCGUGUGCGUAACAGCAGGAGCUGGCGGCAUUAGGUAACUCAUUCACACCCGGAAAAGGAGAGAAAACUCUCACAUGCGUCUUGGCCUGGGCUUUUAUGGAGUAUCCUACUGCUGUGUAGGCGGACGCACAGAAGGAGGCUCGGAGGACUGCAGAAACCCACACAGACAUGCUCACACACACCGAUCGAAACACCUUUUAACGCAUGUGACACGUUUGGCUUCACUAAGAAACACACAACGUCUCAACAUUCUAGUCCUACACAUAACGCAAUCAAAUGCGCACGCAUACAAGCGCGCACACGCAUGCAACCACUCACUAGUGACUGCUCUCAGGCACUGUCACAUGAGGGCACUUAGCGCGGUAGCUUUCUCUGCGGCGCAAGGAGCGGCAGCGGGGGUAGGUGGGUAGCGGACCGAGGAGCUACAGCCGUGUCUCUCCAGCGCACGUCUCUGUACCUGGGGAGCGGAGGGCACAUGGAGCCCCUGGAGGACUACCACUCCCCGUUCAACUUUGAGCAGGGCGUCAACGCCAGCUACAUGUACCUGUCUCCUGAGUAUGGAGACACGCCGCCCGGCUCCCCGGCCAGCCGCACCAGAGGUCAGCAGAUGCUCUCGGACCCCCAGCCAGAGGUGGGCGAGGACGCCGUCUCCUCCAUGGGCCCCGCCCCCCCCGCCCUGGUCCCCAGCCUGUCCCCGGAGGAGCAAGAGGCGCUCCAAGGAGAGCUGGCCAAGGUGGAGGACGAGAUCCUGACUCUGUCCCAGGUCCUGACGGCUAAAGAGAAGGAGCUGGCGGAGAUCAAGAAGAAGCUGGGCAUCACGCCUCUCAACGAGCUCAAGCAGAACUUCUCGCGGAGCUGGCAGGAAGUCACCACCUCCAACGCCUACCGGCGGACGUCCGAGUCCUUCUCGCUGGCCGGUCUGAAGGCCUCCGCUGCCCUCUCCACCAUGGGCUCCGCCAUCAGCCGCAAGCUGGAGGACGUCAAUAUUCGCUCUUUACAGCAUUCAGCUAGCAUGCCUGUGAUGAGGAACAAGCCCACCUUCAGGUCUUUUGAAGAGAAAGUGGGCACUCUUAAGACCAAGAUGAGUCCGUCCGGGACCCUCAGUAACCAUGACAACCAGGAUGGCAGCGCUGGUUUGGACCCUGAGCCUUUGUUCAGCCAACCCAACGAACUGCCAAACCAGGAACCGCCCACCCACUGACACACACACACACACACACACACACACACACACACACACACACACACACACACACACACACACACACACACACACACACACACCACGCCUCUUGACCUCUGACCUUCGAACCCCCGCCUCAUAUAAUCUGUUUUGGCCCCAUGCCCGUGUCCUUUUGUGUGUCGGGACCCCUGCUUGUAAUUGGAAACAAGUGACUUUUCUCUCCUCCAUGUUUCUGUGGUGAUUUAAUGUUCUUCUUUCCUGUCUGAAGCGUGCGCUUGUUACUUAACCGACAUGGGAUUGAAGGCACGUGCUUGAUGGUGGGUUAGGGUUGUCGGGGGGGUGGGGGGGGGUAUGCGCUCUCAAGCCAAUCGUAUGUAUUACACUUCAGUUUGAAGGCUAGCACACGCCCGCUUUUGCAGAAUAUGUUGAGAAUAAAGAUCUGAGUUGUUGCCUGAA